AUGGCGGACGAGGACGGGGAAGGGAUUCACCCUUCAGCCCCUCAGCGGAACGGCGGCGGCGGCGGCGGCGGUGGCGGCGGCGGCUCUGGGCUCCUGGGCGCCGGGAACGGCGGCGGGGGCGGCCCGCGGGUGGUGCGCAUCGUCAAGUCCGAGUCCGGCUAUGGCUUCAACGUGCGGGGCCAAGUGAGCGAGGGCGGGCAGCUGCGGAGCAUCAACGGAGAGCUGUACGCGCCGCUGCAGCAUGUGAGCGCCGUGCUGCCCGGGGGGGCGGCCGACCGGGCCGGGGUGCGCAAAGGGGACCGCAUCCUGGAGGUGAAUGGCGUGAAUGUGGAAGGGGCAACACACAAGCAGGUGGUGGAUCUGAUCCGAGCUGGUGAAAAGGAAUUGAUCUUGACAGUGUUAUCUGUACCUCCUCAUGAGGCAGAUAACCUCGAUCCCAGUGAUGACUCAUUGGGACAGUCCUUUUACGACUAUACGGAAAAGCAAGCGGUGCCCAUAUCAGUCCCCACAUAUAAACAUGUGGAGCAGAAUGGCGAGAAGUUUGUGGUGUACAAUGUUUACAUGGCGGGAAGGCAGCUGUGCUCUAAGCGGUACCGGGAAUUUGCAAUCCUGCACCAAAACCUUAAACGAGAGUUUGCCAACUUUACUUUUCCUCGCCUGCCAGGGAAGUGGCCGUUUUCAUUAUCAGAGCAGCAGUUGGAUGCCCGACGUCGUGGGUUAGAGGAGUACCUGGAGAAAGUAUGUUCGAUACGAGUCAUUGGUGAGAGUGACAUCAUGCAAGAGUUCCUCUCAGAGUCAGAUGAGAACUACAAUGGCGUGUCUGAUGUCGAACUGAGAGUGGCUUUGCCAGACGCCACCACAGUGACUGUCCGAGUUAAAAAGAACAGCACCACAGACCAGGUGUAUCAGGCUAUCGCAGCAAAGGUUGGCAUGGACAGCACGACCGUGAAUUACUUUGCCUUGUUUGAGGUGAUUAAUCACUCCUUUGUACGUAAGCUGGCUCCCAAUGAAUUCCCCCACAAGCUCUAUGUCCAGAACUACACAUCAGCUGUGCCAGGCACCUGCCUGACCAUCCGCAAAUGGCUCUUUACUACAGAAGAGGAGGUUCUUCUGAAUGAUAAUGACCUCGCAGUUACCUACUUCUUCCAUCAGGCUGUUGAUGAUGUGAAAAAAGGUUAUAUAAAAGCAGAGGAAAAAUCAUACCAGUUACAGAAGCUAUGUGAACAGAGGAAGAUGGUUAUGUACCUCAACAUGCUUAGGACCUGUGAGGGCUACAAUGAGAUUAUCUUCCCCCACUGUUCCUGCGACUCGAGGCGGAAGGGACAUGUCAUCACAGCCAUCAGCAUCACGCACUUCAAGCUACAUGCCUGCACGGAAGAGGGACAGCUUGAGAACCAGGUAAUAGCCUUUGAGUGGGAUGAGAUGCAGCGAUGGGACACGGAUGAAGAGGGGAUGGCUUUCUGUUUUGAAUAUGCGCGAGGAGAGAAGAAGCCGCGAUGGGUCAAAAUCUUCACACCCUAUUUCAAUUACAUGCACGAGUGCUUCGAGAGGGUGUUCUGCGAACUCAAGUGGAGGAAAGAGAACAUUUUCCAGAUGGCCAGGUCACAGCAGAGGGAUAUGGCCACCUAGCCCCACCCCCUCAUUCCCUCCUCUCCUUCCCCUUCAUACGUUGUUUCUCCCUGCUUCCACUCCCUAUGUCAGAGUAACCAUUAACACUUACAAAAGAGGAGAAAAAGAAAAAAAAAAGUCAUUGUAUUAAAAAAGCCCUAAACUGAAUAUUAAUAAUCCCCUUUGUGAAUUUCAUGUCUGGAAUUGAGCUGGUAGAAAACAUAGGAUGGUCAGCACCAGAAGCCAACCAAGUGGUCACCUGGAAAGCCAAUGUGCCCCGCCAAGCCGCUAGAGGGGUCUUUGUCUUUUGCCCAGGCCUCCCACCAACAAACUCUCCUUGGACUCUAUUUUUAAAACUGGAACUAUGGACUCCAUCCAUUUGCACUGUUCAAACGUAUAUAUGUAUGUAUGUAAAAAAAAAUUAUAUAUAUAUACACAAAUUAGCUGCACGUAUAUACAUAUAUAUUUCUUUUUAAAUUUCAUAUUGACGGCAGUACCUUUUUUAGCUUGCAUUUUUACACACCUUUCACCAGGUUUCAUUACUCUUGUCUCUCUCUCUUGUUCUUUUUUUCCUUUGAAACAAACUUUAAAAAAAAAAUUACAGGGAAAAUACCUCUCCUCAUGAAGGACUUGAAAAGUUUACAACCUGCUUGGGUUUUUUUUCUUCCUUUAUUUGUGUUGGGUGCGGAUCCUGGCUAGAGGUUGACAUGGAGCCUCAAAGGCAAGGAAGUGUGGUUCCUUUUGCUUUCCAGGAGGGUGGAGGGUAGAGAUGCUGGGGAGAGGAAAAGAUUCUUGUCUGGUACGGGUAGUGUGCUUAAUCAGAAGACUUGGUCAAGGCCGCCUCUUGGCUCUGAGAAAGAUGCCCAGCUUCCACGUCCUUCUCGUUCCUCACCUUUCCCCAGCCAUGUUUCACUUCACUUCUCUGCUUCUCUGAGGAGCUCUCCCAGACUUCAUCGGCGUCCUGGGUUAAGCAGUACAGAUGUGGGGUGGGCACUGGACGUUGUUCUGUGUGGUCCAUUUCCUCCAGAAAACCCAGGCGUGCCUUGUGGUGGUCAUGUCCACCCUUCAAUCACUUUUUCCGGAACUAGUGAUAAGGAAUGGUUCUAGACCUGACAGGUUUGGACAUGAAACUUGGCUUUGUAUGGAGGAAGAAAAGGGAAGUAAUACCCUGUAUAGAUAAGCACUUCACCCAACCAGAACACUGUCACCUUUUCUAAGUCAUGGGUUUUAAAAUAGCUUCCUAGGGCAGCAGUGUUAGGGAUUUGUUCAUGGUUUUAUGGAUAAUUGAGAUCCUUGGCCCUUUGCUCUGCUAACUGACCCCAACCUCCACCAUGGAGAUCAGUUGAGAUCCAAGGCAGGAGCUUUAUCAGAGAAAUGGUGGAUGACUGAAAUUGAGAGACACAGUGGAAAGGGGAACCUUUUCUACCCACAGAACCCAUUUUGACUUGUUAGACCUUUGAGACAAACUAACUUCUUUUAAAGGGGCUCUGUGUGGGCUGCAUUACGAACACAAGGAUAGGGUAGCAUGGGGUGCUACUGUUAACACUUCUCAGUCUCUCUCCUCCUAAAAAAAAAGAAAAAAACCAAACUCUGAAGGGUGGCUUGGUCAGCUUUAUGGAAAGUAAGUCUAACUUGAGGCUACUAGUCUUCCUUGAGCAGGGGUUGCCAAGGGUUUGAAAUUUAUUUUUUAUGAUCUGUAUCUCAAAACCAGAAAUGUAUUUGCAGAAAGUUGUCUACUUUUCUUCCUCUCUUUCUCACCCUGUCUUCCUGGUAUCUGCCCACCUGAUGACUUGGGUCUGCAUAGAACACCUCUCCAUCACUGCUAACUCAGGUGGACUUGGAAUCAGACUUUGCAGAGCUCAAGAAUGUGCUGAAAGUUUAAAGUUGCGGGAAGUGAAUCCACAUUUGAAGGCUUUUACACAAGAUUGACUUUUUCAUUUUGGUUUUUAACCAGUUUAGGACGGAGCCAAAAGCUUUGGAAAGAGAAUAUGCUGGCUUCUUCCUCCAAGCCUCUAGGAGGUUUUUGGCCACAGUUCUGUUGAUAUUUCAAGAUGAUUGAAACCUGCCCCUCUCUGUCAUGGGGAGGGACAGACCACCCAGAGAAUCCUCGAAUGGCAGGAUGCUGGCCUCAGAAUAGUGAGAGAGACAUAGUUAAUGGCAUUUGGAUUUGUCUGCCCUCUUUGCAUGGUAAUAGAAAGCCAACACUGGGGAAGACGAGUGAGGGAGCAAUGCCUUCUGGAUAGUGUACUCUUGAUUUUCUUUUCAGUUUCCCUUCCAUAUGAGUCGUCCCCCCCCCCCAUCUCUACAGUAUGCUGCAGCUGCCAUAGUCCCUUUCUGACACGUUUAUCCCUUUAUGCUUCGGCAUUCAGGGAAUGGAGCCCUGUGGAAAGAUGCCAGGAAGGCUAGAUGUGAUGAUCUGUGGGCAAUCCCCUCUUGAAGCUGCAUCAUGAACAAAGCAUCCCAUUUGUAGUAAAGAGGAAGAGACCCUUCCUGCCGUGCUCACCCUUCCCCCCCCCCCACUAUACCUCAGGUUUCUGGUGCCAAAGGUCGACAUGGCCCCAGGAGCCUGCAGGUUAGGAAAAUGAGCCCAUCUCUCCAUGAGCCAGUGUUAGGUCUGACAUGCUUCUCCUUCUCAUUUGAAAUUUCCUCUACUUUCCAUCCUGAGGUUGGCACAGGCUACGUGUACCCUCACUAGAGCCAGCAGGGUCUUCCUGGCCCCCUCCCCCUUCCUCCCACUCUCUUUGGCUCAGUGUAGUUUUUGUUCUCUGAGACAAGUGCUGAGAGCUAUGAGGGAACUGAGGAAAAGAGCAGACCUGAGCAUACUCCUGCAUUUUAGGGAGGUGCCCUUUGGCCAGGUCUCCCAUUUCCCAAGGCCCAUAGUCUUCAGCUAGUCUCUUUGACUUUAUUUCUUGCCUAAGCAUUUGAUAAUUCUUAAUGGUCUUAUGCUUUUCCUAUCUCCACUCCUAAAUCCCAUAGGAAAUCAGCUCAGCUACGGUACAGGUCUAAGGGUGCUCAUGUUAGCUUCUUGGCCUGAGCUCUCCUGGAGAAAUUAGAAUCAAAGGUCCAAAGCCACAACCCUGGCCUACUUAAGUAACUUCUGUUGACUGGUCCAGGUGAGCCACUUACAGGCUUACCUUAUCCUCCUUUUAGGUCAGAUUCAGUAUCUGGAACAGCAGGCUGAGGCCCUCAGAAGGGCUUUCUUUUUCUGUCCCAUUCCCUAACUCCAUCAGCUUAGGGGCCUGGCUCCUGGGGAGCAUUUUUCCCCAAGGGUUCCCAGUCCUGGGUGAUUUGUCAGACAUACUAUGGCUGCCCUUCUGUUCAGGAGAUUGUCAUGCCCUAAGGCUAUGGGCUAGAUUGAUAGAAUUUGAGGGCCCUGUGGUUGGAUCUCCGUAGGCCCUCCUAGUAUUCCUUUCCAUAUUCAGUGGCACUUUAUCUUGGGGAUGAGGAAGAUGUGGUGUGCAUAGAGGAAAAGGACAUUUUUGACCCGUAGUGGUGGGUGUUGGGGACAUACUGAGCUCCCCUUUCCCUCCAUUCUUCCAGUACCACUUCCUCUGCCUCUCCCCACCGUCCUCUCCCAGAUCCAAGCAUGUCAUUUCAGGCCUCAUUUAUCCCAGGACAGCAUUGUCUUGCUCUCCACAAUGAUUUGGAAUGCAUGGACAGUUUAGAACUAUGGAAAGGAAUCCUAAAAGGAGAGAGGGAGAAUGUAGGGUGGGAGGUUUGGGCCAACUGCUAACAUGGAAACCAAUGUUGUAUCAUGUUCCCCUUUUCGAACUUAGGAUUUGGUUUCAGCUCUCCCCAGGCCAUGCACUCUUUUAAUUUAUUUGAGAGAAACUCUAAUUGUAUUUUCACUGCAGUAUCUUGUAUUUUUUAUUUGUGAUUUAAGAAAUGUGAAGAGAAAACACACAAUGGCUAACAGUGUUUCUUUCAUUCCUUGUUCUAGAGCUAACCACUCUAAAAUUGUUUGGUAAUGUCACUUAGUGUAAUUAAUUGUAACAUAU